CCUGGUACUCUAGUAAGGAUAAUUGUGUGGGGGAAUGUUCGACGAAAGUCCAGAAUGUACGCAGCCAGUUGAUAGUCAACUUGAAAGCUCUGAGGGUAGCGCAGAAGCCAGACUAGGCGCUGCUUCCCUUUGGGCUCGGCUUACCCCCUUCUACACCUCGACGGACGGCUUGAAGACUUACGAUCUCGUCUCUCGUGCCUGCUUGAAAUCUGAAAUUCCUGAAGACUCGGAGAUUGACAUUUACACUAUUGGUCGAAAUAAAAAAUGUGAUGUUGUGAUUGACGACUCCAGAGUUAGUGGGUAUCAUUGUCGAAUCUUUCGGGCGUGGGAAAAUAGACCUGGGCUAACUAGCCAACUCCUACCUUACAUUGAAGACUUGAGCUCAAAUGGGACGUUCGUAAACAAAAUCAAACUAAAACGUCAGGAAAGACGGCUCCUCAGUAGCGGUGAUGAAUUAACCUUCUUGUCUCCUAAAAUACAAGAAUCUCGCUUUACAGCACAUGUGUUUGUCAAUGUAUCUCAUUCAAAUACUACUAUGGCGCCACAGCAUGGUCCCACCUGCCGGUCGCUUACUCUGGCUGCAGCAGCGCCAGACAGGCACCUCGAGGCAGACUAUCAGCUAUGUGAAGAGUUGGGCAGUGGCACCAUAGGGAAGGUUUAUCGCGCUGUCAAUCGCGUCACAGGUCAGGCUUUUGCGGCAAAGAUAAUUCCAACCCGUAAGUUUGCUUUCCAGCGUACUUUUUCGUUCUCAGACUUGCUUCAAGAAGCACGUAUGCUUCGGAAUCUAUCACAUCCAGCUAUUGUAUCUGUUCAUGACGCUUACAAGGAUGUCGACUCCUUUGCUAUUGUGAUGCAACUCGUAGAAGGGGGGGAUUUGUUUGAUCGAGUGGUGAAGCGUGGUCACUAUCCAGAGUCUGAUGCCCGCGACACGAUGGUUCAUUUGCUAUCUGCAUUGGCUUAUCUGCAUGCACGCGGGAUUGCGCAUCGGGACGUCAAACCAGAGAACAUAUUGCUCCGCACAAAGUUCUCUGAUGUAGAUGUUCUCUUAACUGACUUUGGCCUAGCUAAGGGUGCUGCAGUUUUGGAGCUGCGUAGUUUAUCGUUCACCUCAAUUGUGCUAAUCCAUUCGCAUUCUUUCAGGUUGGCUCGCAUGGCUGUCGAACAUUUUGCGGAACGCCACAGUACGCCAUGACUGUAAUUAAGAUUCGCGUCACAGUGCAAAUUAGGUAUUUGGCCCCCGAAGUGAUGGAGCGUCAGGGGAGGGGCACCACAGCCCGGGGGGGUGGCUAUGACGGUGCAGCUGCAGACAUGUGGAGUGUGGGCAUCGUUCUUUUUGUUUUGCUAUCAGGAACACAGCCUGCAAACUCAAAUUUCGAGCACAAGCGAUCAGUUUGUAGCUUUGAUGAUAACGAAGUGUGGCACGGUAUCAGUUUAGAAGCCAAGGGAGUCAUAUUGAAACUGACAUCUAUUGAUGCCCUGAGACGCCCCUCUGCGGGCUCAUGCUUGGCUAUGUCUUGGCUUUCACAAGCGCAUGGUGUGGACUGUGCAUCACCUGAACUCAAACGAUGUAAGCAGAGCACAGCCCCCUCUUAAGCAUUUUGGACUUGCAUCAAUAACCAUCAUUUCCUGCCAAUCAAUCAUUCAUGCUAUAGUGUGCACGGCGUUUCAAUCAGCCACUCAUCCCUACGAAGCUUCUACUGCACAAAACACAAGAAUAGCAAGCAACACUUUCUUUCUCUGGGGGAAAUAAGGUAAAUAUUGCCAGUGCGUUCAAGUUGGCAUCGUGAGAACCACCCAUUGGCUGAAGCUAGCCUGAAUGAUUAGCCUGGGGGCAGAAUGUAGGCAAGGCUAGGAAAGAAGUCGGCCAAGGGCAGGUCACUCCGAUAGUGCGACUACCUCCGGGUCUCCAAGCACGGGCACACUCCGGCUAUCCCGCUGUGGCCCGCCGAGACUCAGGCCCCUAUGAGCAAACUCGACCUGCAACUCCCGCCCAGGGGCCGGACUAAUAGCGUAGCCGCUUUUUGCCCAAGUAAAAAAAACUGACUUAAAAGAGGCCCAGUGGCAGGGCCUGGGCACAGCACGGGGGCCGGGGGGCGGUCUCCUAAUUUGAGAUUCGAG